AUGUCGUUCGUGCAACUUUUACCAUUCUUUCUCUUCCUGACAAUUUCACAGUCCAGCAGUCAAAGAUGGCCAUUGUCUGGAACGUGUUAUCCAUGUUCAUGUGACAUUAACCAGAAAGGCUUUGGACGAGUAAAAUAUGUCAAUUGCUCAAAUUUGGCAUUAACGAGAAUUCCGAGGAAUUUACCAUUGGAUUUACAUACUUUGGAUUUUUCCAAUAACAGAAUUUUGCCUCAAGAGAUUCAGCAAUUGUGUACGUUUAAUUCCAUGCAAUAUGUAGCCUUGUCUUAUAAUAGUCUUGAUUCUAUUCCUCCUGAAAUAUUCAAGGACUUAGAAAAUCUUCAUACAUUAGUUUUGCACGGUAUUUCUUCAAUACCAACAACUAAUAUUUUUGAGGAUUUAUUUAAUUUAGAAUAUUUAGACAUUAAUGAUUGUCAUGUAAAUCAGAUUCCUGACAACUGGUUCCGCAAACUUUACAGUCUUAAAACUUUAAAGCUACGCCAGACUGGUAUACGCUCUAUAGAACCAGGUGUCUUGGACGGUCUCCUUAAUCUUCAGGAACUAGAUCUGUCUCACAAUGUCAUGAGGACAGCCCAAACGGAAAGUUUCAAGCCCAUCGUCCAAUCUAUACGUAGGAUCAACUUUAGGGGAAAUAUGUUCAAGACAAUUGGCGACCAUUUAUUCGAAAAAAUGUAUAAUUUGGUAGAACUGGAUCUCAGCGACAAUAAAUUGGAAUCAAUUCACAAAAGGUCCUUUCUGGAUUUAAGACAGCUAAUAAAUUUAGACAUUCGAGAUAAUAAGCUCUCUAAUUUGCCGGGUGGAUUGUUUAAGAAUCUCCGCAAUUUACAAACAUUAAAUUUAGCUAUGAACACUUUUAACAAUUUUCCUGAAACUCUAUUCAAAAUAGGUUAUCUGCUGAAGUUGGACCUAUCUUACAACCGAAUACGGCGUCUUCCUGAUAGCUUUGUCCACAGUUUCCCGUAUUUAGAGUUUUUGAACGUUGAUAAAAACCCUCUUCAUUGCGACUGUAAGAGUCUCGAUGUUAAAUUUUAUCAACCUAACCUAGUCAUAAUU